CUAAAAUAAUUAAUUGAAAAUGUUAGAAAGAAUUAAGGGGGUAUUUAGCAAAAAGAAAAAGCCAGUCGAGAAGAAGCUGGAAGAAGACAAAAUUCCUGAGCCAGAAGAUGACCUGAACACUUCAUCAACUUCUCAAACAUUUAGCAAUUCAGAGAAAAGGCACUACCAGAAGUUGUGCCUACUCCUUUCAGAGCCAAUGAUUGAUUUAAAAUAAGUUACGAUCAGAGGCUUGGUACGGGAUACCUAUGUGAUAUCCUCAGAUUAGGAGUAUUGUAUGGAAGUUACUGCUAGGGUACUACUCUCCUAACCAAGAGUUCCAAGAGUCUUCUAUUUCAAGAAAGAGGGAGGAGUAUAUUGACUGCUCCAGAUCUUAUUUCCCAAACCUUGCUUAUUCGGAAGACCUUACUGAGACCAAUUUGAUUAGUGAAGACAUGAGUAUUUAUGAGGUGGAUUCUUUCAAACAGAUUAUUAUCGAUGUGAAAAGAACUCACCCUGGAGAGGCAUUCUCAUCUAAGAUUUCUAAAAGUAUGCUGACUCGUAUACUCUUUGUAUGGGCGUUUAAGCAUCCUGCCAGCGGAUAUGUGCAGGGGAUUAACGACCUUGCAGCCACAUUUAUGUAUAUUUUUCUUGCUGAAGAGAUUGAUAGAAUAAACCGAGAGUCUGAAGGUAGAAAAUCUGUAGAUAUCGACCUUGAACACAACGCUUAUGAUCUGAAGUUGGAGGAUGUAGAUUUGAUAGAAGAAGAGAAAAUUCAACAUAUUGAAGCUGAUACUUACUGGUGCCUGGAAAACUUUUUGGAGACUUUACAAGAGAAUUACACUGAGCAUCAACCUGGAGUUCAUAAAAUUAUAGCAAGGACUGAACAAAUUGUAAUGAAAAAGGACAAAGAGCUUAUGGAAUUCCUUGAAGCAGCAGAUUACGUCCCGUCAAAAUUCGUAUAUAGAUGGGUUAACAAUAUUUUGAGCAGAGAGUUUAAUGUCCAGCAAUUGAUAAUGAUAUGGGAUAAAAUUAUUGCUGAAGAAGAAGACAUCACUACUUACCUUCCUUAUGUAUGAGCUGCACUUCUGUUGAAGUUCUCUGACUGCAUAAAAUCUUAUGCAGAGAGACCAGAGGAGGUGAUUCUCCUCAUCCAAGAUCUUCCCACUAGAGAGUGGGGUAAUGAGGACAUCAAAGUCUUGAUGGCUGAAAGCUAUCAGCUUCAAUGACUUUAUGAGUUCAACUCCCACUUGGAGGAAAAAUAGAUUUAGGAUGAUUUCAACAA